CGUUCCGUGACAGUCUGUUUGUUUGUUUCACUCGUGGACUCUCUCACAACACACCUCUUUCUGGCUCUACAUCUUCCCCAUCUCUCUCUCUAGAUCCAUCAAUGGCUUCCGUCGUCGAAUCCGGUUGGCAGUACCUUGUGACACAUUUUAGCGACUUUCAACUGGCUUGCAUUGGGAGUUUCCUCCUCCAUGAAAGUGUGUUUUUCUUAUCUGGACUCCCUUUCAUUUAUCUAGAAAGGCAAGGCUUUCUCACCAAGUACAAGAUUCAGGCAAAAAACAACACACCUGCAGCCCAAGAAAAAUGUAUAACUCGCUUGUUGCUUUAUCAUUUCUGCGUAAACUUGCCCCUCAUGAUGGCCUCCUAUCCUGUUUUCAGAGCCAUGGGAAUGCGAAGCAGUUUUCCUCUACCGUCCUGGAAAGAAGUGUCUGCCCAGAUAUUAUUCUACUUCAUCAUUGAGGAUUUUGUUUUCUAUUGGGGUCAUCGGAUUUUGCAUACAAAAUGGCUGUACAAGACCGUCCACAGUGUUCAUCAUGAAUACGCCACACCGUUCGGUUUGACGUCAGAGUAUGCUCACCCCGCUGAGAUUCUGUUCCUGGGAUUUGCUACCAUAGUCGGGCCAACUCUCACCGGCCCCCACCUAAUUACUCUCUGGUUAUGGAUGGUGCUGAGAGUGCUUGAGACUGUUGAAGCACAUUGUGGCUACCAUUUCCCAUGGAGCCUCUCAAAUUUUCUUCCUCUCUAUGGAGGCGCGGACUUCCAUGAUUACCAUCACCGCCUCCUCUACACAAAGUCUGGAAACUACUCUUCAACUUUUGUGUAUAUGGACUGGAUCUUUGGUACCGAUAAGGGCUACAGAAGACUGAAAUAUCUUAAAGAAAACAGUGACUUGAAACAAACGUGAAAUCGCUAAGCUUGGAUAACAUUUGUCGAUGGAAUUGCGGAUUUGCGAGUUUCUGUUUGCAUCUCAGUGAAGGUCUUAUUCCGCAGCCUCGUUUUCUCCUUUUAUUUUACUUCCAUGCUGCUUGCUGCUGCUGUUUCUGCGUCUUAGUUUAUUAUGUGUUUAGAAAUGCUACAAAUGUGGCAAAAAUACAUUUGGUACAUUAGCAGGCGUUUGUGUUGGGCUUUUUAAGCAUUUGAUAUGAGUCAUCUAUUUGAUUUGUUGAUUAA